AUGUUACCACUUUCUUUAUUAAACACAGCUCAAGGACACCCAAUGUUGGUAGAAUUGAAAAAUGGAGAAACAUUUAAUGGGCAUUUGGUAAAUUGUGAUAAUUGGAUGAACUUGACCUUAAGAGAAGAAGGAGAUCGAUUUUGGAGAUUACCUGAAUGUUAUAUCAGAGGAAAUACGAUUAAAUAUCUUAGAGUGCCAGAUGAAAUUAUAGAGAUGGUAAGAGAAGAUGCAAUAAGACAACGUGGUGGAUUUCGUGGCGGAAACUCUGGAAGAGGUGGUGGAGGUAGGGGUGGAGGUAGAGAUGUUAAAGGGGUGAAAUCAAAAAAAUAA